AUGUCUCAUAGCGGUCGCUGGUGCUUCUUGUUGUUCAUGAAAGCCAUCGUUUUCCCGACGCUAUUACAUGCGGGGGAAGUUCACACGACAGACAUAAGUCUGGAUGGUGCCCUCGUCCUAACUGGUGGCUCCGAUGGUGCAGUUAGUGUAUACAACUAUGCCGAUUUUAUGGCCUUUGACAUGUCGAAAACUUGCUCAUUGACUCCAGCUAAAACAAUUGAGCUUGACUCUACUGUGACCGUGGGCCGUUUUUGCCCAACUGAGCCCACCAUAAUGGCUGUGGGAACAACUCACGGCAGCAUAUACUUGGUGGGUGAAAAUACUCUCGAAUGCAUUUUUCCAUUGAGUAAAUGGAACGUCGCACAAUCCACCGACAAAAUAAACAUUGACCAUAGUUCCGAAGCUCCCAAUGACAAAUCUCCUAAGAUAAACCACGAUACUGAGAAAUUGGCCCUGCACAGCUCAGAAAAAACUCUAGAAAUAACCAACUCGACCGACAAAACUGAAAAAUCUCCACCCCGCAAACCAAGCCACCGGUCAAUAUCUACUCCCAACAUUCUAGACGUCGCUUGGUCACCGGAUGGACGCCUUAUAGCAUGGAUUUCGGCGUUUGAAGUCCAUAUUCAUGACCGCUCGAAAAACACUUAUCAGACUCUCAUCAGCUCAAAGCCCAACUCUUCUCCGCGAAGUAUCGCUUUUGACCCCACAUCCAGUUUUUUUGUAUGCCUUGGAGAUGAUACCGUGAUCGACAUCUACCGGUAUCACUACAAAGACGACAUGUAUCAGUUCAAGCAUUUCACAACGAAUUCAAGAAUGGCCAAUGCAGUGCCCAAUAUAGUCGACUACCGACGAAUUUCCUGGUCUCCUGAUGGUGAAUAUGUAUCUGUGCCUACAGCAAGCAAAGGCCAAACAUCGUUGGUAUCUCUAAUUUCCCGCUCAUCUCAGUGGUCAACCAAGGUUAGUCUUGUUGGUCAUGAUACUUGUUGCGAAGUGGUCCGCUUCAACCCUACCAUUUAUGCUUGGGAUGGUGGAGAAAAAAGUGAUUCACCUCCAGCUGAACAACCAAUGGUGCCCAACGCUCAACCUACAAACAAUGAAUCGAAUGACAGUACUGAACAAGACCGACCUCACUACGUUUACAAUAUCGUGGCCACGGCUGGCUCUGAUAUGACUUUGAGCAUUUGGAACACUAUAAAAGAAAAACCACUUUUAUUGCUCAAAGAUAUUGCCAAAAAACCAAUAUCUGACUUGGUGUGGCAUCCAAAUGGUCGAAGUUUACUCCAAUCGAGCAUGGAUGGCCAUGUCACAUUGUACAAUUUCGAGGAACAUGAAUUGGGAAACCCUGCUGAAGAAACUAUCAAAAACCAAUUGUUGGAGUUUUCCAAAAAAGUCAUCCAUCCUUUCGAGUAUUCUCAGCCAGUAGAAGGGACAAAAAAGACACCAGCUCCUGUUAUAAUAGACCAAAGGAAUGCCACCGAACAGAAUUUGAAACCCGACCAAGAACCAGAAAGUAUCACUGAAGAGCUUUCUACGACCGAAAAUAAAAGCAAAAAGGAGAAGCAAGUUCCGGAAGAUGAGGAUAUUCGUCCUGUGAUACUAGAGCCAUCAACAAGCACAGACACUUCUCAGCAUUCAUUUUCAAACGAUUCACCCAUCAUCAAACGUCCUAAGCUAACAAGUCGAGAACCUGCAAAAUUGCCAAAGCAAAAAAUUAGUACCAAAGAUGGCAAGAAAAGAAUUCAACCAAUGUUGAUUUCGCUGACAAACGGGAGUGGCAGUACCACACCAUUGAGUACAAAUGGCCAUGAUAUGUGGAACAACAAUAACACACCAUCGUUACCAAUGGAGUACGAAAAACCAUCAUAUGCUGUGGCAGAUUCUGUGUCCAGAAAACGACCCAAAAAUGACGAUUCGACUAAAAAGAAGAGAGAGUUAGAACCCAUCAAAUUUAUUGGUUCCCAGCUUCAAAAUCCCAACACAGCGUUUGCGGCUAUUCGUCUUGCUGUGCCAAAAGUACGGCUCUCGUUUCAAAUAGAACAAAACUCAUCUGCUUUCCUAGACGUCAAAAAUGGUUCUGGAAACGAAAGCACACCAACUCGUAUAACCUAUUUGAGAAAUGACCGGCAAUUGUGGACAGACUUUAUACCGAGAUAUAUUCUUCUAGCAACCAAAGGCACUAACUUUUGGGCCACUGCUACCGCCGAUGGAGAGAUAUACACCUACCUUCUCGAGUCUGGAAAGCGAAUUUUUCCACCUAUCGUUUUGGGCUCAGCUAUCUCAUUCCUCGAGAGCCAUGAACAGUUUUUGCUUGCCAUAACAUCGGUUGGUGAAUUGUAUGUGUGGGAUCUCAAUGAAAAGAAAAUUGUGUUACAUUCUCCCCAAUCCAUAAAGGCAUUGUUGGACUUGAGCUCAAAGUACGAAGAAGACGGGCUCUCAAAGUCAGAAAAUAUAACGAUGUGCUCCGUAACAUCGAAAGGAAUUCCACUUAUCACAUUGUCUAGUGGCUCUGGCUAUCUUUUCAAUAAUGAUUUGGGCGUGUGGCAUAUCGUUACAGAAUCGUGGUGGGCAUUUGGUUCACAUUAUUGGGACUCAUUGGCACAAAAUAGGAACCAGCCAGAUUCCAAACAGGAGGAGUCUAUAAUCGCAUUGCUUGAGCAAAAGACAAACGAAGAGAUUUUGCGCAGAUCACGAACCGGACGAGGCAAGUUCAUGAACAAAAUUUCUAAAAACAUGAUUAUGAAGGAAGGUUUUGAGAACCUUGAAAACUCCAUUUCUAUAAACCAUCUUGAAAACCGUAUGCUAGCAUCGGAAUUGUUAGGAGAGAAGAAUGACUUUCAUGCGUUCUUUCUUACCUACGUUAGGCGAAUCAGUGAGCUUGGUCUAAAGGCCCAAUUGCUCGGAAUUUGCAGUGAGCUUUAUGGACCCGAAGAUCUUAAACUGAAUGGAUGGAAACCGACAAUUUGUGAGUGGGAUAAACGAGCCUUGCUUAAGGAACUAGUUUUAACGUGCGCAAAAUACAGAAAUGUGCAACGGAUUUUGGUUCAUUACGCUGAAAAAAUAGGUGUGGUUGCCGAGAUGUACGGUUAA